GGUAAAGCUUAGUGGUUAGAUCAUUUGAUGGCAGUCAAGAGGUCGCUGGUUCAAUUUUCCCUCUCUCUCCCCCUUAAUGUACUGUAUAUAUCACAUGGAUACAAAUGUCUGCUGAACAAAUGUUGAUUUUUAUUUCUGGAGUUUGAGUGUUUGUCUGGUGUGUCGGUACAGGAGGUGGUUGGGGAGAGCGUGGGAGUUUCGUCCGAGGACAGGAAGGAGAAGGUGCCCAGUCCUCACCUUAGCCAGGUGGUGGACCUCUCCAACAGCAGGACCCUCUACGGCCUGGCUCAGCGCGUGGUGGCCACAGAGUCACUCGUGUUCCUGGCAGAGCAGUUUGACUUCCUGCAGACCCACCUGGACUCCAUGAUGCCUGCAGCUAAGAAACCCUUCCUGCAGCAGUUCUACUCUCAGACUGUGUCCACAGCCAGUGAGCUGAGGAAGCCCAUAUACUGGAUCGUAGCUGCCAAGGCUAUCGACUAUGAGCAGAUGCUGCUGCUGAUGGCUGGAGUCAAGUGGGACAUUAGAGAGAUCAUGUCCCAGCACAACGUCUACGUGGACGUGCUGCUGAAGGAGUUUGAGGAGUUUAACCGGCGCCUGGGAGAGGCGUCCAGACAGGUUCGAAUCCCGCUGGCUGUAUCCAACGUGCUGUGGGAGCACUGCAUCCGCCUGGCCAACCGCACCCUGGUGGAGGGCUAUGCUAAUGUGAAGAAGUGCAGUAACGAGGGGCGAGCCCUGAUGCAGCUGGAUUUCCAGCAGUUCCUCACCAAGCUGGAGAAGCUGAGCGACCUGCGGCCCGUCCCUGACAAGGAGUUUGUGGAGACCUACAUCAAGGCCUACUAUCUGACCGAGAACGACAUGGAGCAAUUCAUCAAGAACCACCGGGAGUACUCUAUGAAGCAGCUGGCCAACCUGGUGAACGUAUGUCUGGGCUCUCACAUCAACAAGAAGGCUCGUCAGAAACUGCUGGCUGCCAUCGACGACAUUGACCGACCACGGAGAUAGACACACACACACACACAGUCUGUAUCCACUCCAGGGAGCCUCUUUUAAAUGCCCAUAAAACAUUCCCAUGUACUGAUCAUCUGAGUAGCAUCCAGGAAGUGGACAGUGUUUGUGUUGGACUGUGGUGAAUGUCUGUCGAAAGCUUCUUAAACGUUGCUCCUUUCGUAGUUAUUCCGCUGUUGUUGCAACUGGAUAGAUUCACUCUCCGAUAUCUAACCUGUCGAUGUGCUUCAGCAUAUACUGUCAUGUAACUUUGUUAACACCUUGGGUCAUAGUGUUGGUCGUGAACGGUUACUGCGGUGCAUCCAACAGAACACGCUAAUAUCUGAACCUGGAGCUAACACGCUAACAUCUGAACCUGGAGCUAACACGCUAAUGUCUGAACCUGGAGCUAACACGCUAAUGUCUGAACCUGGAGCUAACACGCUAACAUCUGAACCUGGAGCUAAUACGCUAACAUCUGAACCUGGAGCUAACACGCUAACGUCUGAACCUGGAGCUAACACGCUAACAUCUGAACCUGGAGCUUCUGAACCUGGAGCUAACAUGCUAACCCUGGCAGGGUGAUCCCAUAUGCACAGCAGGCUGAAGAGACCUGCUCCAGUAAGCAUGGCUUGCUUCAUCCUUCCUGUACAGGUACAAUUUCACUGCUUUAUCUGUGUCUGGAUCAACAGGAAGCCUUUGUUCUGUGUCCUGAUCUGCUAUGAUGAUGCAAUGUUUAUUUUUUUCCGGGUGAUGUUUUUAAGAUUUGGAAGCACUUGACGUGUUGAAGGACAGACAGGUAAAGUUGCUCUGAUGUUUUACUUUCCAAGUCUGAGAAUGUUUCCACGGUGCCCUUCAAACGUCCAUUUUGUAAAUAACGUCGAUCUUUGCUGUUAUAUUUCAGUUUGUUUGUCGCAGCACUGCUCGGCUGUGAGUUUCUAUGUUUUGUUGCGUCCAUGAAACCUAAUAUAAGGAUGAUUCUGAAAUAUAUUAUUGUUUGUAGAUGAGGAAAACCUUGUAUCAGCUCUGGCUCAAUCUGCUUGUUGUUCAGUCACAUCACUUAAAGUAGAGCCCAACCUCUAGGUUUCACUAGGUCUGACUUUACAGGAGGAUUCACCAUAAGAGAAAACACAAAACUAUGAUAUUGUUUAUUAAUUAAUUGCUGUGUGAACACCUACUCCAAAACUAUACUGUAAAUUGACAACGUUUAAACGUUGUUUUUAUUUAUUCCUGCAUCUUGUUUCAGAUUACUUUUUCUUUUUAUUCUGUGAUCAUAGAAGUCUGUUUCCUGGCAGUCGUGUCAUUCUUCAACUGUAAAAGAAUAUUUAAAAAACCAACAUUAACUGUACAUGUUAAGAUGACGGUUAAGCGUGCCAUCUGUAACUGUCAAAGUUGUGGAUGAUGAUUACAUAAUAAACACACUACCAUGGAAACCUGA